AUGCAGACUGCUUCUACAAACAUUUGUGAAAGAAUGGGUCGCUCUCAGGAGUUCAGUGAAUUCAAGCGUGGUACUGUGAUAGGUUGCCACCUGUGCAAUAAGUCCAGGCGUGAAAUUUCCCUGCUACUAAAUAUUCCACGGUCAACUGUUAGUAGUAUUAUAACAAAGUGGAAGCAACUGGGAACAACAGCAACUGAGCCAUAAAGUGAGCUGGGUCAGCACAUGCCGAAGCGCUCAGUGCGCAGAAGUCACCAACUGUCCGCAGAGUCCAUAGCUAAAGACCUCCAAACUGUGUGUGGCCUUAGAUUAGCCCAACAACAGUGUGUAGAGAGCUUCAUGGAAUCGGUUUCCAUGGCUGA